GGGUGGGAGGGCGGCAUGGCGGCGGCGCUGGCGCUGCUGGGCCGCGCUGCGGCCCUCGUCCCCGGCGCGCGGCGGCUCCUCAGCGUCACGCUGUCGGUGGAGAAGGGCUUUUGCAGGCGGAUCAGUUCCCACGAGCGCCCGAAGCGACCGUUAACGGCCUAUUUCCGUUUCCUGAAGGAGAAGCACUCGGUUUUCCGGCAAAAAAAUCCAGAAAUGAGUAAUAUGGAGCUGGUUAAAAAAAUGGCAGAUGCUUGGAGGGAGUUGCCAGCAUCAGAUAAACAAGUUUAUGAGGAAGCUAGAAAGACAGACUGGCAAAGAUAUCAAGAGCAGUUGACCGCAUAUAAAGCUCAGCUAACUCCGACCGAGGCUGCAGCUUUGAAAGAGGAAAGGAGAAGACAACUGGCAAAAAGACAAUCGUUCAGGAAAAAAAGAGAAUUGACUGUGCUUGGAAAACCUAAAAGACCUCGUAGCGGCUUUAACAUUUUUGUGUCAGAAAACUUUCAAGACAGUGAGGGAAUUUCACCUGCGGCAAAGCUGAAGUAUUUAUUUGAAGAAUGGCAAAAGCUAUCCGGUUCUCAAAAGCAGCCAUACUUGCAACUUGCUGAAGAUGAUAAGGUUCGGUAUGAAAAUGAAAUGAAAUCUUGGGAAUCAAAAAUGGUUGAACUUGGACGUGAAGACCUAACACGUUCCAAAACACAAAGGCCAAAAAAGAAAACUGCAGAAACUAUAAAGAAAACUGAAACUGACAAAGCUUCAUCACAUGAAACCACGGCAAAAUUGAAGUUGAAAAAAUCUGAAGAAUGAAACUGUUAAGUAUUUCGUAUUUAACCUCCUUUGAUUGUCAUGUCUUUAUCUUGCUGUGUUAAUGCUACAGUCAGCAUUAGCACUUCAGUUUGGAAAACAGGUACAGGACUUGUCAGAUGAGUGGGAGAUGUGGUCAGAUAAGUGGGAGAGGUGAUCAGGUAAAAGAGAUUUUAAUGUCUCUCCAAACUGACUGCAAUAAUCACUGCAGGUGGAACCUGAACGGUAUAAUCACAUAAUCAAGCUGUGAAUAGUGACACUGACUGAUAUCAGCAAAGCCCUCCAAUAGUGGUAGGUAAUCACUAGCUUUUAUAAGAUGUUUUUUAUGAAAGCAAGUACAAUAUACGAUACUACCAUCUACAUUCUGUAAGUAAGAGCUGAAACCUGAAUUAAUGCUGCUGUGUUUUAUUCCCUCCAUGAUAUUGGUAGUGCAAACUAGCAAGGCACAGCAGAUGUAAACUACUAACUUUUGUUUAUAUUUGUGCAUCUGUCUUUUUUGUAUGUAUCAAGCAUCUGUGUGUACCAUUUGCUGCAUUUAAUUAAAGACCAUAUGAGUUUCGUAUAAAA